AUGUUGUCAAGUCUUGCCAACCCGCGCCAAGCUGCGUCGCAGCUGCUGAACUUUGCGCUCAUCCUCUCGACGGCUUUUAUGAUGUGGAAGGGCCUUUCAGUUGUCUCCGACUCUCCCAGUCCCAUCGUCGUCGUUCUCAGUGGCUCAAUGGAGCCUGCGUUCCAGAGAGGAGAUCUCCUUUUCCUGUGGAACCGCAACAUUAUCCAAGAAACCGAAGUUGGCGAGAUCGUCGUCUACGAAGUCAGGGGAAAGAACAUCCCGAUUGUUCACAGGGUGGUCCGGAAGUUUGGUGCAGGUUCCGAAGCGAAGCUCUUGACCAAAGGCGACAACAACCAAGGAAGCGACGAGGAGUUGUACGCCAAGGACCAGGACUUCCUCGUGCGGAAAGACAUCAUUGGCAGCGUCGUCGCAUACAUCCCCUUUGUCGGUUACGUCACGAUCCUUCUCUCCGAAUACCCCUGGCUGAAGACGGCGAUGUUGGGAAUCAUGGGCUUGGUAGUAGUGCUGCAGAGGGAGUAG